UUGGAAAGCAUUUUUGAUAACUAGAGAAAUUUGGUUUUAAUCACAAUUAGUUUGAGAUUGGGUAAAGAUUGAGACGAAAAGUUAACAAUGAAAUCAAUCCAGGAAAAGGGUAAAGUUGAUGUUAACCAUUUACGUUCAUUAAUUCUGUACACUUUGAUUUGUAUCUUCAUCUUAUUGUGUUCAGUGUUGAUUUUUUUAAUGUUCAUCAACAUCUAUCAUCAUUACAAGUUUCCAGAGAUUCAAAGUCUUAACCAUUAUCGGCAUAAUCAAUGGUAUCACAAUCAACAACGAAAACCAGAUGGAAUAAUAAUGAAUGUUUUAACCAAACAAAUUGAUCAACAAACCUCAACACUUUCAACAACAAUUGGCUCACCAACAGGCUCAUCAUCAUCUGAUUUAAUCACAAGAACCCAAGGGAUUGUGAUCAAACCUUACAUGGAGCAAGGAGUAGAGAGUUAUGUUCAAAGUGUUUUGGAAUCGACAUUUAAAACAACGAAAGAGUUAAUUGAUCAAAGGAGGAAUCCAGCAAUUAACUAAUGACUGUCAAUGAGUGUCAUCACCAGGAAUUGAUAUUCACCUUUUAAACACAUUACAUAAUUUUCAUGCCUUUUUACAAUUUAACACAAAAGUAGGAUCAUCAUGAUUCUGUAAUCAACUUGAAGGACAAACAAUUGUUUUGAUUUACCAAUAAUCACGCAACAUUGCAAUGAUUAACAAAUACAAUUAAAGGCUAGCCACAAGAUUAA